AAAUGAAAAAAAAACUUCAGCAGAGAAAUCCGAAGAAAUUUUUACGCACGACUUGUCUAAUCAAACAUGGCGGCUUCCAUGGAUGAUGAUGAUGGGUUUCAAGCGGACGAUCUUUAUGUAUUGCUGAAUGUGGAUAAAAAGGCAACAAACCAAGAGAUCAGCAAAGCGUACCGACGAAUGAGUAAAAUAUUUCACCCUGACAGACAUCACGACCCAGUAAAAAAGAAGCAAGCUGACGUGUUCUUCAACAAGAUUAAGAAUGCUUAUGAAAUAUUAAGUGAUCCUAACAAGAGAGAGAUAUACAAUCGUUAUGGAAUGGAAGGACUCAAUGUACAGGGGCUUGAGAUCAUUACUCGGACUAAGUCUCCUGCGGAAAUAAUUGCCGAGUUGGAUCGCUUGAAGUAUGAGGAGGAGCAGCGCAGGCUACAGAGGACCAGUCCAGCUGGUGAGAUUGAGGUCCGCAUUAAUGCCACAAAUGUAUUUGGGGGUUAUGCAGAUUAUGAAGAAUAUGAUUCUGAAUAUCAAGAUGACCUGAAUUAUGUUGAGAUUACUGAGAUCCGCUUCUCCCAAUCUGUAGAGUACCCAUUAACAGCAAAAGACACAACCAUCAUAGGGGGCACAGUAUCAUCCAAAAAUGGAAUAGGAUCUGGGAAUUUUCUAGUUGGGUACCGUCGCCAGACCUCCGAUAAAGGGUGGCUACAGGGGAACAUGGGAUUUGGUUCUGGAAUGACAUUUGCACUGCAAGGAUAUCGUCAGCUGACCAAGCGAUGUUAUGGUAAAUGUUCCACGUUUUUUGGUACAGACGAAACCAUGAGGAGACAGACGAUGGGCUUAUCUUUCCUUAUCUCUAACCAGUUUGACAGUCAUUUCCGGGGGGAAAUGGCUUUAAUAGUAGCUGCCAAACCAAGUUUACGAACAACUAUCCACUACGAUAAUGGAAAAAAUAGAGCUAUCUUUACAGUUCAAGUUGGUAAAAGUAAUUAUGCCAAAGCUGUCUACAGCAGAUCAUUUGAAACCCACAUCUCAAAUAUGGAUUUUGAAGUUAUAGGAGGCAGUAUAGGCUGGUUCUUUGCCUAUGGUGUCAGAAUGAAGAUCUCUGAAUUCAGCACUAUCCAUGCCAAGCUAAAGAUUACAAAUAAUGGUGGAGUUAGUUUAGAUAUUGGUGCACGAAGAGGUCGACAGUCUUACUUUUUCCCGAUCCUGCUAUCGGAGCAGGUGCUGCCAUCUUCAAUAUUCUACGGAACGUUCCUCCCUACUGUGGCGUACUUGGCUGUUAAGAAGUUAAUCGUAGAUCCUUAUGUCAAACGGAAAGAAUCAGAAGAUCUUAAAAAGAAACAGGAAAGAGAUUCUGAUGAGCUACAACAAAAAAAGAAAGAUGCUGAGGCGGCGGUAGAAUUGAUGCAGAGAACUGUAGAGAAAAGUUUGGAGCAAGAGACAAACAGGAAUGGUUUGAUUAUUCUGAAGGCCUUGUAUGGACGAUUGGUAACCCAGGAUGGUGAAUUAGUGGAAUCAGAAUGCAUUGAUGUGAAAGUCCCACUACAAGCUCAGGUUACUGACUCCCAACUCAUCAUCCUGGAAUCUAACACCAAGAGUGACUUGCCAGGGUUUUAUGACCCUUGUCCAGGACAAGAAAAGAGUCUGUAUAUUCGCUACAACUUUAGGAAUCGACCUCAUCAAGUGACGUACGAAGACAAAGACCCCAUCCGAUUGCCUCUACAGAGGCAUGUGAUGCAGGAUGAAAAAGAUGAAUCCUUUGCUCACCAAUGACCAUGAAGGGAUCUAGGGUUUUGACAGGCAUUUCCUUGACCAGAAUUAGUUUUAUCUCAGAGACAUGAAUAACUAGUACCUGUGCAUGUUUUGAAACUCCAUAACACAGUUUAAAUACUUGUAAACAUAAUAUGGGUAUUAUAUGGUUUUCUCGGAUGCCGAGGCAUUAAAAACCUUCAGUCACACCAGAUGCUCUACCUUUUGGGGAGCCGUUCAUUAUGCAUUCAGAGUUAUCAGUCAAACUGUGAUGUUAAUAGAAUGUGUGUAAUUGAAUAAGAUUUGUUGACAAUAAAAGUGAUGUUUUA